AUGACGAAGGGUACCUCCUCGUUUGGUAAGAGACACAACAAGACGCACACCUUGUGCCGUCGUUGCGGUCGCCGAUCGCUUCACAUCCAGAAGCACACCUGCUCCUCCUGCGGUUACCCCUCGGCCAAGACCCGCAAGUGUACGUUUUCCUCACGACGACGAACCCAGCCCGACUCAGCCCAGUCACAACUCGAGACACUUCCUCCCACGCCAACCCUCCAUCUUUCCUCCACUCCCAUCCUACACAACUGGUCCGAGAAGGCCAAGCGGAGAAAGACCGUCGGUACCGGCCGCAUGCGCUACCUCAAGGACGUCUCGCGCCGCUUCAAGAACGGCUUCCAGACUGGUGUCCCCAAGGGCUCCGCCGGCCCCACCGCCCAGCAGUCGUGA